GACGGACGGCUUCGGAGGAGGGGUUUAAAGCGCGAGGGGGCGGCCUCGCCCUUCGCCCGUCUCGGAGCCGAAGACUUUUCACCAUGAGUGUGGAUUGGAUUGGCUUUGGUUAUGGAUUGGUCGUAGCUCUUGGCGGUAUCGUAGGAUAUAUUCGCAAAGGAAGUAAAAUCUCAUUGGUUGCUGGCCUUUUCUUUGGCUUGCUGGCUUGUUAUGGAGCAUAUUGGGUAACGCACGAUCCCAAAGAUGUAAAGGUAUCAUUAUUCACAGCUUUUAUACUUACCACUAUAAUGGGAGUGAGGUUUAAGAGGACCAAGAAACUAAUGCCAGCUGGAAUUAUAGCAGGUCUCAGCCUGGUGAUGGUUGUGAGACUUGUCUUCCGGCUCAUAUGAGAGAAGAGGCACUUCCAGAUUUCCACACAAUCAGACAAAGUACGCAUUGAAUUACGGAUGUCCCUUCUGAAAGAUCGGCCAUUUCUGUUGUAAUUACGAUGACAUAGAGGCAGUGUUAUUCCUUAUGGACUCAGAAAUCCAUUUAUUCCUUAUGUAUGUGGGGUUGCAUUCUUUAAUGUUUUAACUAACAUUUUGUUGAUUUAUGUUUUUUCAGACCAAUGACUAACUUGGACUUCUAAUUAUUAUUUUAAUUUUGGAGAUAAAGUUUCAAUUUAUGCUUUAUUCUCCCUGGAAUGAAUAGAAGUCACAAGGACUUUGAAAACUCAGGUUCGUCAUAAAUGGUGGGAUCUAAUAAAGUCAUUCCCAGUCCUGGAUGAUAAUUUCAUAGAUCAAGAUGUGGAAUAAUACAAAUUUAUGUAUAUGUAUUAUAUUGGGUUUUUAUCUUUCUAAGCCACCCAGAGUCACUGCGAGUGAGUUGGGUGUGCAUGUAGAGUUUCAUAAAUAAUUAAAUAUUGUAUUUCAGUUCCAUUAAAAUAUUAAUGAAUGCUGUAUUAAUUUCUUAGAAUGCUAAAAAAAAUCAGUUCCAAAAGGUAUGGCUUAUGUCAAAAUGCAAACAAAUAUCAUAUUAAAAAUAAAAAA